AUGACGCUCAGGUUCUCCACCUGUUCGGUGCCCGAGUGCGGAAAACCCGGUGUCAGGGCGAUUGGCGGAUGCGACAGCUACAACCGCCAACUCUGCGCCACUCACCUGUCACCAUCCUUCCACAAAUGCAACCAGAAGGCACAGACCAUCGCCGAAGUCGACCGCCUCCGGGCUCUUAUCACCGAUGGGGCAGUCUGCAAGCUGGCCUCUAGCCUCAAUGGCGGAAGAACCUGCAGCGUCGAGCACCCGCCACAGAUUGGCACCGGCAGUCUCAUGGGAUGCGCAAACUACCACACCCGCAUCCGCUUCGAGGACGGCUUGCACUCCUGGCUGCUGCGGGUUCCGCGCGUCACGAGCGUAGCCACGAGCCUGCCCGACGAGUUUGUGGCGCACCUGAUACGCAGCGAGUACGCGACUUUGAAGUUCCUCGAGACCACUGCCGUGCCUGCUCCGCGCGCAUUUGCAUACGGCGUCCGUGGCGGCGGGGCGGAGCACGGCGUCGGCGUCGGCUUCAUUCUCAUGGAAGAGCUGCCGGGCAGGCCGUGGACCAGGUUCGGCGUGUCUAGCGACGACGCGACAAAGGAAGAGAGGGCCAAAGUGCGGAAGUCUGUCGCAGACAUUCUCGCCGAGCUUGCGAGACAUCCCUUCCCCGCGGCUAGGCCCCUGUUACUCGCGCAAGAAUCUCACGUCGAGUACACGGCGUUUGCCGAGCAGCAUUUGGCGCUGGUCGCCGACGGGCAGCUGUACGCCGCCUACCCCGUCGACGCGUACCUCGUGUACCGGUUCCUGAAGGACAACGCGUGGCAGCUGGCCGAGCACGAUGCAGGCCCGCAGGAGUUCUUCCUCAAGCACGCCGACGACAAGGGCGAACACCUGCUCGUCGUCGACGAGAACUUCAACGUCACGGGCAUUAUCGACUGGCAGAUGGCGCGCGUCGUGCCCCGGCAGGAAGCGUUCGGGGCGUCGCCUGUGACUGCAAGCAUGAGCUCGCUGUGUCGCGGCAAGGUGUCUCUCAGCAAAGACGACGUGGCACUUGCGGCCGCGCUGGAAGAACGGGGCUCUCCGGAGCUGGCGAGUUGCAUGGUGGAUGAAAAGGCAAGGCGCUUCUUCUGGGGACUCGCGUUAGAGCCGAAAUGGUCGCACGCUUUGCCGCUUGCGAACGCCAUACUGGAAGUGUUUAGGGCCAGGUUGGUCUGGGAGGAGUAG